AUAUGUAUUAAGUAAAUUAAUGAAAAUGUGUAUUGAUAAUAUAAAAGCAACCAAUUAUUAACCUAAGAACAACUUGACUUUAUUAUAAACCUAUUAAUUUUAUAUAAUAUAUAUACCUAUACACUCGUCCACUUACAGUUAACAUGUCUGGUAAGAAAUGUAAACACUGUGGAUCUUCAGAGAUCGAAGUAGAUCCAGCUCGAGGUGAUGCAGUAUGCACAAGCUGUGGCACAGUGUUGGAGGAUAAUAUAAUAGUAGCGGAAAUCGAAUUUCAAGAGAACGCUCAUGGUGGUGCUUCAGCUAUUGGACAGUUUGUUUCAGCAGAAUCUAAAGGUGGAGCAACUGGAUUUGGACGAGCAUUCAAUGCUGGCAUUGGGCAGGAAUCAAGAGAACUAACAUUAAGAAAAGCAAGAGAGGGCAUUACGACAUUGUGUCAACAAUUACAUUUGAAUCAACAAUGCAUUGACAUUGCUUGUAAUUUCUUUAAGAUGGCACUAACUCGUCAUCUCACAAUUGGACGACCAGCAACUCAUACACAAGCUGCCUGUGUGUACAUGACUUGUAGAACAGAGAGGACUGAUCAUCUUUUAAUAGAUAUUAGUGAUGCUCUACAAAUAUGUUGCUAUCAACUUGGCCGUACAUACUUCAGAUUAUCACGGGCACUCUGCAUUGUUAUACCUCCGACAGACCCUUGCAUGUAUAUUCUGCGAUUCGCGUCGCAGUUACAAUUUGAAGAUAAAGUCCAUGAUGUCACCACAACGGCGUUGCGACUCGUCAAACGUAUGCAAAAGGACUCUAUACAUUCUGGUCGUAGACCGUCUGGAAUUUGUGGGGCAGCUCUUCUCAUUGCUGCCCGGCUACAUAAUUUCUCCCGCACACCCGCCGAUGUCGUUCGGAUAGUGAAAGUCCAUGAAUCUACAUUAAGGAAGCGGUUGCUUGAAUUUGGAGAAACACCCUCUAGUGCGCUCACUCCCGACGAGUUUAUGACGGUUGAUUUAGAAGAGGAACAGGACCCGCCAGCUUUUAGAGCGGCUAGGAAAAGAGAUAAAGAAAGACUGCAAAAGCUUAUGGAAGAAGAAGACGGAGAAAGAGAGCUUUCAGAAUUGCAAAAAGAGAUAGAUGCACAGCUAGAGAAGGACAACACAAGGAGAAAAAAGGCUGCCACAAUCACAACACCAGCCUCUAUAAUAGGCGUAGACGAUGGUACUUCAGAAGAGGCCGAGGCAUCACGUUUCGCAGCCGAAGACACCCUUGAACUCAUCGGAGAGAUCGCGAUGGAUGUAGAACCAAAAACUGAAACAGCGAAUCCCUCCGCCAGGAAGAACCUGGAGAAAGGCCUUGGUCCCGAGUUAGCCGUUAUAGGUCUUGGACAAACAGAGGACAAAAGUGACAAAUUUGUAAAACCGGAACCCAAACAGCAGUUUAGUAAGGACCUGCACAAUGCUGAAGAUUUGAUGCUCGCAGACAAGGAUGAGGACUACAUCAGCUCGCUCAUUAUGACUGACGAGGAGUCAAGACAUAAAACCUUGCUCUGGAAUAAAAUCAACGCCGGAUAUUUAAAAGAACAGAAAAUAAAAGAAGAAAUGCGUGCCAGAGAAAAAGAAGAGGGUAAAGAUAAGAAAAAGAAACUCCGCGGUGCAUACAAGAAGAAGACAGUAUGCAGUGCGGCGACCGCCGGCGAAGCAAUUGGUAAAAUGCUAGCAGAAAAGAAGAUUAGCUCGAAGAUUAAUUAUGAUAUACUAAAAAGCUUAGAUCAGCCUGGCACCCCUCUGCCGGCUACACCAGCACGAACUACAGUAGAAACUUCUUCAGACUCAAAGCUCUCAACACCUUCGGAAACUGCGGUGCCCCAGUCUCCGGUGCCGCGCAAGAAGAGAAAGAAACAGCCGCCCCCAAUAAUACCGAACAUCUUCGGCCCCUCCACGCCGUCGGCCCCCCCGACCCCUGCGACCCCAGGGCCCCCCGGGACACCCGGGACCCCCGCACCGCCCACCUCAGCCCCGGCUACACCUGCACCACCCACGCCAGCUCUCACCGAUGCGGGCGACGAUUAUGACGACGAAUUGGAGGCGGAAACGACGGAGGCGGCCGGUGAGAUGUCCCUGGCGGCCAUGUUGCAAAAUGGCGAGGAAGAUGAUUACUAUGAUUAUGAAGAAUAUUGAACGUUCAGUGACAGUUACGUGUAUUUUAUAUUCUGCUUCUUGCCUUAUUUCCAUCAAAUGCACGACAGGUGUGCAUGAAAACAUAUGGAGGACGUUCAUGAUGAGAUGAUGAGAGAUGAGACAAUCAUGUUUUAUACAUGCAUCGUAACAUGCUAUAGCCACAAGUAAGAGCUUGUGUUUAAAAGAAAUUAUGUGUAUAUUAGUGUAUAUUUGUAUACAUGUAAGUGUAUGUUUUAUUUUGUAGAUAUAUGUACCUACAUUGUUUUAUUAUUUUUAAUUUACAAAACUUUAUUGGUAUCAUUACCUACUUCU